GGUGAGAAACAAGACACCAAGACCACAGCCAUGGCCUGUUCCCGUCUGUCCCUGCUGCUUCUGGUGCUGGCUUCCCUGACCGUGGCUCAGGCCCAGAUCAGGCUGUAUAGGCUGCGUGCCUCCAACCUCCAAGCUGACAUGGGGACCGUUGACGGCUACGUCAAGGUGUUUUGUGGCUCUGCCUAUUUGGGUAAAACAGCAGCCCAUUAUAACAAUGUUAGUCCUUGGUGGGGGGAAGAGUUCUCCUACUUCAAGGCCAAGAAAAACGAUGUCUUGAGGCUGGAGGUUUAUAACCAAAAUGCUCCCUUUGACGACCUGCUGGGAGUUUGCCAGACGCGACUUCGACUCGGAACCCACGGAUAUGCCUGCAACCUGAAGAAAGGUGGAACCCUCAUUUAUAACUACACUCUCAGCACCAGCCAUCAAUAAGCAUCUAGUCUCUUUUGCAAAGCACCAGCCAUACCUUACAGUAUUCAGUUCUCGUUGUACUGCAUUGUACUACUACUCUUUGUAUCUGUCUGGAAGAACAAUUCCAACAUACGUUGUGUUGUCAAAAGGAAAUAAAAUCAGU